GUUGGCAGGUAAGGCCAUCAGUAGGACUAUUCACCUUUUUGUCAGUGCUACGUUCAAUAUGCCAUCUUCUUCACCACUGAAACCCUCCUCUCAGUCAUCUCUACACCCAUCAAAAAGGUUUUUUUUAGGGUUUUACAGGCAAAAGAAGACCAAUUUCGUUUCUGGGUAUGGAUAAGAAGGCAAAAUUGGUGUCUGAACUGGGAAAUGAAGACAGAAUCAGUUAAGAAUUUAUUCUCAAUAGUUAAAGCAACUCUGGAUAUUGUUAUGGAUUGUGAUGGCAAUGUAGCUGAAAAUUUUGGGGAUCAAAUAUUAAAUGCGAAAGUCUUGAGCCUUUCUUCAGACAUUUUGCAGGCUUUGUUAGCUGCUAAUCGCAAUUUGUCGUGUUUACCAAAUUUGAUUGACUUGGCGGUGACUCCUUGUGAUUGUGGAUCAUAUCAUUCUGAUUUUCUCGAUUUACUUCAAACUGCACCCAAUUUGAAAAGGCUCAAACUUACGCGGACUUCUUUUGGUGAGGAACGAUUAAUACUGCAGUGCACAAAAUCAACCCUUGGAUCAUUCAAAUUCAACUGUUACAGAGGCAGUGCAGAAUAUAUAGAUGCAAAGAGACCUUUGAAUGAGGAACAAAUAGUACCGCAGUGCAUAAAAUCAUCCCUUGAAUUUUUCAAAUUUGGGUUUUAUAGAGGCAAUGAAGAAGCUAUGGAAAUUCUGGAUUAUAUGCUGAGCAAUGGAAAGGUAUUGAAGGUAAUUCAAAUGUUAACUUCAUUUCCUAAACAUUUUAGGAAGAAAUAUGAAAAAAAGCUUUUGAAGAAGCUAGCAAUGUUUCCACAUAUUGAGAGUUUGCUGAUAGGAAAUUUGUGCUUUACAUAGUUUAUUUGUCAGAACCCUACAUGUAUCGGCGGUUUUUUCUUUCUGUUGAAUUACUCUACUGUGUUUACUCCUUGGCAGAACUAUUUCAGACUUCACAUCUAUGGUGGUUUGUUAUUUUA